CUUCGACGCACGUUCGAGUGGCCCGACGCGUCGUCAGUGAACACCAUGGCACACUCUGUUUCUCCUCUCGGUCUGUCCGACUCGGACUACUGGUCGCUUCGUCCUCCGUCUACCGUACUCGAUACCACUGGCGCUGCUCUGUUGACAGAAACCGACUCCGACGGUAUCGCUGCUGCCUAUCCUGGACUGUCUCUUGUCUCUUCGAACGCGCAGGCCCAACGCGAGCCCUUACCUUCCCCAGCACCUAUGACCUGCGCCAGCAACAACUACGUCAAUGGUCCUCCGUUCGAACUUGGUAUCCCUGGCUAUAUGCUGCUGACACCUGCAAAGGUGGCAUGCUGGCAUUCGCACCUCAAAGUCAUACGGCGCGUCGCAGAUGUUCGUCUAAUGGACGAGGCUGUCCUGCCGCAUGAAAAUCCCUCGGACGUGGACGCUGUGUCGCUCAUACUCGAAGAUGAUAUUGACAUGGAGCGCGAUAUCCAUGCGAAGCUGCGCGAAGUCUGGGAUCUAUUGCCUACGGACUGGGAUAUCGUAUUCUUAGGUAUACCAUUCACCCGGCCCAUCGACUCUCGCACCACUCUCCACCCUUCCUUCGCGCCGAAAUGCACUCAUGCGUACGCGCUGACACGAACGGGUGCACGCCGGCUGCUGUUGUACCUCCGACACACGCCCUUCGCAUACUCGCGGGCUCUCGAUCAAGCACUGUCCUUCUCCGUCGUUCCGAGCCUCAUAGUGCAGAGGAAGAUAGGCCGCAGUGAUAUAGACGCGAGCGGAGGUGGUAUGGGGACUAGGACCUGACUUCGAGUGAUUUUUCUACCUCGCAAUGGACGACCCUGAGGUCCUUCAACAUAGUUCAUUCGCGGUGCGCGCGCGUCCGUACUGUGCCGUACCGGGGGCUGUAUACACCCAGUUCUCCCUGUGCCUUCCCUGACUCUGACUCAACAUAUGCGAGUCACCGUCCUGCCAUUGCUCCGACUUGUCG